AUGGACCUGAACGAUCUGCACCACAGGGGUGGUCCACACUCUUCCGAACACGAUUUCGAUUUCGAAUUCAAGAUCGAUUUCGCUUCGAAGGGCUUGUACGAUGUCAAGCAGCUCGAAUCCACCAGAGAAUCUCCCUGGCUACAGACGGGCCAGACGAUCCGAGUACUACAGGGAUUAGCAAAGACGAAUAGGAAGCGACUGAAAGCUUGGGAGAAUGGGGGCUUCGAGCCCGGUGCCGGGCCUGAUGGAGCACAUCGGGAUGGGUUAGAAGAUCAGGUGGAUGAGGAGGUGGAAGUCUACUACCAGAUCUUCGUGGGUCCAGAUCAAGCAGCUAUCCGAGCUUUCCAUAGCGAUAGAGCGAGGUUUCACGACCUAUCCACCGCUGGAUUCCCUUACCUACAAACACACCUUGCUUUCCUUGACGACCUCCAGUACUCUGGUUUGUGGACGAUUACCGAAAUACCUUCGUCGUACACGAAGCAGUUAACCACCGAGAACAUGGGAUCUUCCAGCCUCUUGUCUUCGCCUGCAAACGGUCCCAGUCCCGUAGAUAGCGGAGCAGUAACGCCCACGGUGGGCUCGAAGAGCGAUACCAUCUCGUCCGGUCGCCUGUCUCCCUUUGAAUCCGCCGAGGUCGAGGCUACGAUACCACGCUCAACGGCUCCGAUCUCUCUCCGUACUUACUGGAAAGAACAGGUCUUUCCUCUUCGGCAGGAUGACCUGACCAACCUCGGUAGCAAGCAGGUCCAGCUCAAAUUCGAAGAGUCAUUGACCCGCAGCGGGCGAUCGUUGGGCAAAGAAAACGGGUCGAAGAAGACGCCGAAACGGCCCAGCAGACUGAGUCGAGAUUCCACGUCGGACAUGAUCGGGGAUCAGGAUGACGAUCUCGAGUCUCAGCGGGGCGAGCGGACGCCGAUGAACAUCAAGGAGGAUGACAAGGGGUUCCCUUUCGACGACACGGAGGAUGGGGAUACGCCGGUGAACCGAUCACCGCCUCGUGGUAAAGACGGCGGUACUCGUAAUCGCGCCUUUUACGUCAAGGCAGUGGAGAUCUUGAUCGAAUUGGCCGAGUUGGUCAAGGAUUUGCAAGAACGUAGACUGUGUAUCGCGAUAUGCCGUCCAGAUGUAUUCGUCGUUCUUCAGCAAGCGGGCUCUAAACACCUUCUGGCAGUCCAUACGGUUUCUCAUCUGAAACCGAUCAGCCGUUACGACCGAGGUCGAAAAGUCACGAAAAGGAUCUACGAAGUCAACCUGGCUUCUGCGCCUGCGCAGGUGGAAAGGAAACGAACGGCCGACGAGACCGGUAGUGACGGAAUGAGCGUGAGCGACGAUGCCGCCAUAGACCAAGCCUACGCGGAAUCUGCCGGAAUCGUUCGACGAGAUAUCGGCUUUGAACGAGACAUCUUCGAUGAGCAUACUAUGCGAGAACAUCUCGCAUAUAUCGCGCCCGAGACGGUUUCGGAGCCAGACUUUGCCUGGGGUGCGGCAGACGUCUAUUCAUGGGGCGCAUGUGCAUACGACCUGUUGACAGAGGGUCUCGCACAAUUUCCGACGCCAACCGACGAGGCUGGCGACCUCCUGCGUGAUGUCCAUCAACACACCACGAGGAAACGAUCACCUCUUAACGAAAAAGUCAAAGAUUGCCCUGACAUCAUAUCUGGGCUGAUUGGAAAAGCAAUGAGCUUGGAUCCGAAUGGUCGCUACACCGGCAUGCCAUCGCUCCUAGCCGAUCUAUACGAGAUCAUCGCACUCUUACGAGACGAUGCCGGCCAUCAACCUUAUUCCCAUGGAAGAGUCGAUGCUCUUUCGCGAUGUUCGCCACCUAACGGUCUCCUCGAACGAAACGUCCAGAUCGAAGCAAUGAAAGACGGGCUGGAUACAGUCGAGGCAGAAGGAUCCUGCAGAGUGAUAUGCUUUUACGGAGAAUCCGGGACUGGUAAAAGCAAGCAAGUUGAAGCUUGGUUGCAAGACCGGAUAAGGGAGAGGACGGCGGGGAAGCGAAACCUCCUAGUCGGUUGGGCCAAAAUGGACCAGCAUCAAGUGCGACCUCUCGCAGGUAUCGUCCAGGUUUUCGAAAUGCUUCUUUCUGCUGUAUUCAGCAACCCGCAUGAGAACGCUGCCGUGUGGAAGUCGAUGAUCUUAGACGCUCUACCUGGACUCGGCCGCAUGUUCAUCGGCCUCCUAUCACCGACGUGGCAAGACCUGUUGCUCGGGAAGAGAUCUGACAGGGAAAUUGCGGCCGUUGACUGGGAGACAUACUCGCAAAGGUUCAAGAUAUGGGCGCGGUCUCUCUUUGCCAUCUUCGCGUCUGCCCAGCGGCCGCUGGUCAUCGUUAUCGAUGAUUGGCAAUGGAUGGAGUCGACCGAACGCGAACUCUGGACCGAACUGUUCGAGAGGAAGCCACUGCCCUUCACCUUGGGCUUAUUGACCUACCGUGUGGAAGGCUCUCCUUUGGACAUGUCACCGCUUAGCAAGGUGAUAAAAAUAGAAUCCCUCCCGUUCUCUUUUGGAACAAUCGAGACGCUCCUCGCUACAGGGUUUCAUCUCGCGGCUAAGCUCGAGGACGGCUUCAGCGUUCUCGCGGAGUUCUUGAAUGCUGCUACGAAGGGAAAUCCGUUGUUCAUCACGUUGCUAUCAGCUCGACUGGUCAGGGAUGAGGUCCUGUAUUUCGACUAUGAGAUUGAGAAGUGGCAAGUGGCGACCGAAGUACUGCCCGCUUAUUCCACUAGCGGUUCUAUCGAGAAGUUCGCCCGCUGGACAUUAUCCCGCUUGUCUGCUGAUGCUCAGUCUGCUUUGAAGAUGCUCUCCUGUAUGCCUGCUGCUCAGGGUGCCGACUUGGGACUGCUUGCCCGGCUGCUUUCGAAGUCUCUACCUGCGGUUCGCACGUCAUUUGAGAAGGCCGGGCUCUUUGGUGUGACCCGGUUCAUCAAUAACCAUAUGGUCUUUACGCACGACCGGCAUCAAGAGGCAGCUAGGGCCCUCAUCAGCAAAAACGAACGGUCCAGCUUCUUGUCCAACAUUGCCAGAAAGCUUGAAAGGGAAGGUUCCGAUUACCUCUUUGUUAUGGCAGAUUUGCUUGCGGAAGCGAUGCCUGUCAGCCCGGUUGAUUGGCCGGCGAGCGAGAUCUGCGAUCUAAUGCUCGAAACUGCUAAAUUGGCCGUACGGAGUGCGGCGUUCGAGGCUGCUGAUCGAUACGUCAAAACAGCAUGCGUGGCCUUGCCGAUCUUGGAUGCAUCCACGUGGGCGCAGGAGCCAGAACGGUGUCAAAGAGCGUGCACCCUGAUGACAGCUAUCGCUUCGGGCCUCCGAGAUACUAAAUCAGCGUUUCCUGCGGUUGAGAUGGCUUACAAUCAGAGCAUCAGCGAUGCAGACCGUAUCGCUGCUGCGACCCUGGCUGUGAGGCUUCACCUGGUUGAAUUCCACCCGCAAGGCUUAUUUGAACAGGUAGAUCGGGUAUUCCAUUUACUUGGGUCGGAUUUGGUUGUCGCGGACUUUGUGGCGCGGCAAGGUGAUCGGCAACUGCAAUCGCCCUUAACCGCAGAAAGUUUGACUCGAGCUAUCGACGCUGGCGCCGACGUCGACGAAAAUGAUCCGGUGCACGCAACGCUGCUCGCCUUUGUCUGCUUCAUGGUCAGUUGUGGUCCCACACUAUACACAAGACUUCCGCGUCACGCGGAGCCCUACUUUGACCAGGCCGCGUCCUGGAUCCUGGGAUCCCGAAAAGCCCUCUCUCAUCCGGCUGCCGGCUAUACCGUGGGAGUACGGGCUAUCCAUUUCGCGGCGGAUGCGAUGUAUGACGUUGCGAGCCUCUACCUCGAGCUGGGUCAGAACAUCAAUUGGCGGGGCACAAUAUGGGAAGGGAGUUCGGACAUUCCGUUCCAGGCAAUCUCCUACCUCAAGGCUACGUCGAUGGCCUCUAUUGAUUAUCGAUCAACAUGGAAUGCUGCCGCCCUCUCCAAUUCGACGGACAUCCUGAUAUAUAUCAGUGCCAUCGAAUGCAGUAGCCUCAUCCUUUCGGGAAGAAGCAUUCCUCUCUUGGCUGAGCGCGGAGCCGCCAGCCUGGUUCAAUUAAAGAACGACUUGGCACACGAAGUCCGGCCUUUCCUAACCUCAUAUUCUCAGCUUGCAGCCAAUCUCACUGACAGUACUGGCAGUCGGGAUCUUUAUCGCCUCGACGGGGAUAUCCUGGAUUGGGCUGAAGCCGAAGGAAUGGACAAUCAUGGGGAAUUGAUCGGUGUUUCUUUCUGGUCCGUAGCGCUUCUCAAUGCGGUGCUAUUCGGAGGUCCAGCAAGUUUCGUACGAGACUUGGCAAACAGGACCAGAAGACACCACGACGGAUUCAGGGGCCUCAUCAAUCACUUUACAUAUCUAUUGACCUUCAGCUGGUAUGCCUUGGAAUACGAUGCCGAAGAGGAUGAGAUCUUGGCGGAAGCCCACGAAGCAUUCGCUUCCUUCCCUCUCAAUGUCGACUUCCAAGGCUUGCGCUCCGGCCUCUUCGCGCUCCAAAGCCUGAAAUCAUUACGUGCGAAAAAGACGACGUGGUCAGAUGCUCUUGCUCACGUCGAGACGGCUGUGAGAUCGCUCUCGACGUCUACAACUUGCCAUCUGGCUACGGGAUGGCUUUGCAUGAGUGCCGCUCGACAUCUGCGGAAUGGAACGGGCCUGUCCAAGCGUAUAUGGGGCGGAUUUGCUGCGGACGCAAAUCAGGCGUUUCAACGGUGCGGAGCCACCGCGCUAUCGAUUAGCGUCAUCAACGAAUUUCCCGAGGUUUUCAACGUGUCAACAACGGAACCAUUGACGCUACUCCCUUUCAAGUCUCAGGCAGCAACGAAAGAAUCUCCUAAACUGGGUAGUCCUAGCACAUCGUCAAGCGAUGUCAUGUCCAAUAACAGCGACUCCAAACAAGCGCUUUUCGUUAGCGAAGAGUCCGCUCCGGGCAUCUCACAGCGUCUUAACAUCGAAGGUAUUCUCAAGUCGUUCCUAGCGUUUGCGACCGAGAAAGACAGCAAGAUGCUCUUGAGGAGAGUAUUGGGUAUCUUAAUUCAGAUGACUCGGGCCGAUACGGCUUUCCUGGCGUUGCAAAACGCAUCAACGAACAAAUUGCAUCUCCGGGGCGGUGGGUCUCACUCAAGCAUUCAAACGUACGAUCUGCCAGUCUCGGACGCUUCCAGUAUAUGUCCGGCAAAAUUACUCCUCCAUGUGGCCCAUUCGCGCAAGCCCAUAGAUUCGAAUGAUACGGAUCAAAAAAUCCCGCUCAUCCGCGAUGGCUACUUCAGCUCUCCUUCAACGAAACACGUCCUCGCGGUUCCCCUCUUCAUCCAGAAUCAGUUCUCCGGCGCGAUCUGCAUAGAAGGUAGCUUGCUCAGGUUUUCCAGCUCGGUGAAGUCCCAUGUCGAGCUGCUUGCAACUUUCGCUGCGAUCGUCCUAGAAAGUCACGAUGUCACUGCCUCUUUGGAGCAGUCUGUCCGACUCCGUACCUCUCAGUUAGAGCAGGCGCUCACGCAUCGACAGACGUUCAUAUCUUCUAUCACGCACGAGUUACGAACACCUUUGCACAGCAUCAGCUCUUACACGGCGAUCCUCGAGAACACCCCCGACCUUCAUGAUGACCAGAAGGAGAACGUCGCCGGGAUCCGGUCGUCUGCGGAGGACUUGCAGCGUAUCAUCACCGACGUGCUCGACCUCAGCAAGCUCGAGAAUGGAUCCAUGCAGAUCGAGACCGUCAGUUUCGACCUUAGGCAGGUGGCAGAAGCGGCGCUCGACUCCGUUGCGAAUCUCGCGCACACGAAGGAUCUGGAGAUCUUACUGGAUAAUACUGUGGAAAACGAUCCCGCCAAGAAUUUAUUGGGGGACCCUUUCAGAAUCAAGCAGUGCUUGCUCAACUUGCUUGGGAACGCGAUCAGGUUUACGGAAAAGGGUCAGAUCCGUCUCAAGUGGACACUGGAAGCAUCGCCCGUAGGUGGCGAAACCCUCACCUUUAGCGUUUCGGACACGGGUAUAGGCAUUCCGGUCGAAUCUAGGCAACGCCUCUUUCAGCCCUUUUCACAGGUUGAUGCGAGUAUUCAGCGGAAAUGGGGAGGUACCGGGCUCGGCUUGUCCAUCACGCACAAUCUGGCACACAUCAUGAAAGGUUCUGCCUGGUGCGAAUCGGUCGAAGGCAAGGGGAGCACCUUUUUCUUUUCGGUCGUUGUGCACUACGACAACAAGGUGGCGGUCUCGACUUUCCGACGUGAGAACAAGCCGCACGUACUUUUGCUUUGCCCUCCGUCGGCAACGACAGACAAGCUGGCGCGAAAUAUCCAGGGGAUGAACGGGAGAGCCACAAUCACGACGCCAGCCAAUGCUUCAGAUUAUCUAGCCGACAUCAACGCCGUCGUGCUGGACUCGGCAUAUAGUGAUGCGGUACCGUUCGUAAAGAGGCUAGGGAAUGAGCGCCCUGAUAUCAAAGUUACCCUUUUAGCUGAGCUGACAGAUAAGGCAGCGCUUUUGAACCGUUUGGCCGAUCCGACCGCCCGGAUCAUUACCAAGCCAGUCAAGGCCGAAGCCAUUUACGAUUUCCUCGAUCUCUCUGUCUCUCGCUCUUCUACCGCCGCUGUCAACAAGCGGAUCAAGCCGGUUGCUAUUAUCGACAAGGACACCGCUUCUCGUCAUCCAUUGAACAUUUUAUUCGUGGAUGACAAUCCCAUCAACCGUGCUGUGGGACUGAAGGUGCUCAAGAAGUUUGGAUACCUAUACAUGCCUGUAAUGGACGGUCAUACCGCCAUGAGCAAGAUCUCCGCGAGCGAAAAGGCAGGACAGCCGCAGAUCGUAGCCUUGACAGCCAACGCAGAUACUACAACCCGAGAUCUGUGUAUGGAACAGGGAUUCCAUGGCUUCUUAGGGAAACCUCUCGUCAUCAGGGAACUGGACACCGUCUUUGAGACUGCGCAUAGGGUCAAGCUGAGCCAUUCGCAAUGA